AUGAUAACCCUGAUCACUGAGCAGCUACAGAAGCAGACUCUGGAUGAGCUGAAAUGCACACGCUUCAGCAUCAGUCUGCCUCUGCCUGAUCAUGCAGACAUCUCCAACUGUGGGAACCCUUUCCAACUUGUGUCUGAAGGUGCUUCCUGGAGGGGUCUGCCCCACUGUUCCUGUGCUGAGUUCCAGGACAGCCUCAACCUCAGCUACCACCCCUCGGGCUUGAGCCUGCACCUCAGACCACCUAGCCCGGGAAGUUCCCCACAGGAGCAGCCCCUCUCCCAAGUCCUAAGCCCUGAGCCCCCAGAUCCAGAGAAGCUUCCUGUGCCCCCUGCCCCUCCAUCCAAGAGGCACUGCCGCUCACUCUCAGUGCCCGUGGACCUGUCUCGCUGGCAGCCGGUGUGGCGGCCCGCCCCCUCCAAGCUGUGGACUCCCAUCAAGCACCGGGGCAGUGGUGGAGGGGGUGGGCCGCAGGUGCCUCACCAGAGCCCCCCAAAGCGGGUCUCCAGCCUCAGGUUCCUCCAAGCUCCCAGUGCCUCUUCUCAAUGUGCCCCGGCCCACAGACCCUACAGUCCCCCUUUCUUCAGCCUGGCUCUGGCCCAAGAUUCUUCUCGACCCUGUGCCACCUCCCCCCAGAGUGUCUCCUGGGAGAGUGAUGCUGAGUCCCUGUCACCUUGCCCACCCCAGCGUCGCUUCUCCUUGUCACCUAGCCUGGGCCCGCAGGCAAGCCGCUUCUUGCCCUCUGCCCGGAGCUCCCCUGCAUCCUCCCCAGAGCUGCCCUGGCGACCUCGAGGCCUCCGCAAUCUUCCCCGAAGCCGCUCACAACCCUGUGAUCUGGAUGCUCGCAAAGCUGGAGUCAAACGGCGCCAUGAGGAGGACCCCCGGCGGCUGCGGCCUUCUUUAGACUUCGACAAGAUGAAUCAGAAACCAUACUCAGGAGGUCUCUGUCUCCAAGAAACAGCCCGGGAAGGCAGCAGCAUCUCUCCACCGUGGUUCAUGGCCUGUAGCCCCCCACCCCUCUCUGCUUCCUGCAGCCCCAUUGGGGGUUCCUCCCAGGUGCUCAGUGAAAGCGAAGAGGAGGAGGAGGGGGCCGUGCGGUGGGGGCGGCAGGCACUGAGAAAGCGGACACUGUGCCAGCAGGACUUUGGGGACCUGGACUUGAAUCUAAUUGAGGAGAACUAA